UAACGUGAGUUGUUGAGACAGAGAGUCCCGUACGGAGCUAGUGUGAAACAGCCGACGAUGGAGGGAGGAGGAAGGGUUUCGUGGAUAAAAUAUGGGCCUUUGGUGUCCCUGUUUGUGGUUUUUUUGGCGUUGUGGUUCCGGUCACCCCAGAAUGCAGGACUGGACGACCGACUGGACACCGUGCUGUCCUCUCUGCUCCGGGCUGAACGUAAAGUCGGGAUAAAUAACGUCGCCAGACCCAAAGUGGCUGUUGGUUUUGGAGGUUGUGUUGAUCUGAUAGUGGAUGCGGUAACGUUGCUUAAUAAGAUUGGCCUCCCUCCCACGGACCAACCCCUUCAUCAUAACUACAUAGAAAAUGAAGUGCAGCUGGCUCAGAGCUUUUCCUAUUUCUUUGCACCGGGAGCUGCUGCAGAGCGUUUUAUUCUAAAUGACACCCUAUUCAGUGAGCUUGUUGAAGCGUCCCGUGACUUACCUGGAAACAGAUGGGCAGUAGGCGGCAAUGCCCCGGUAAUGGCUGGUCGCAUGGCAACUGAGGGAUGUGAUGUGUUGCUAGGGGGAAGCUUCAGCCCUGAUUUUACCGAUGUCCUGUCCCAGCACAUAACAGUGGCAGGUAACAUAGUGGAGGAGCCAGACAUUCAUCUGAUCCUGGAGUAUCCAUCUGGUGCUAGCUGGGGGCACUAUAUCUCACGCAGAGCCAACAGAUACAUCGUGCACAGUGACGACCAUAACCCCUACCUGGCCUCCAUGCAGGAGUUUACUGCGAAACUAGAAACCUUCAAACCAGAUCUGCUGGUGGUGGGUGGGCUGCAAAUGAUGGAUAACUUCCCAUUCCAGUCAGGUGAGCGCGAUGCUCUCCUCUCCCGCCUGGCCAACAUCAUGUCCUCCUCGUCUGCACAGAUAGGGGUCCAUUUUGAGAUGGCCAGUUUUGUAGAAGAGAGUAUAAUGGAAGACCUACUUCACUAUGUCAUCCCCCACGCGGACUCUUUAGGGAUGAAUGAACAGGAGCUUCCCAACCUGCUCAGUCUACUUAAAGGCGCCAACAUCACAGUGUUGUCCGACCCAAACCCUCGUGUAGCUACUGUCCUCGACCAGAUGAGGGAGGUCUAUCGCAUUUUGAACCAGCGCUACAAGGAUGCCACCGCAGAAGGCGAAGCAUAUGGUGCAAAGGUUAAGCCGCUGACUCGGCUCCACGUCCACACGCUGGCCUUUCAGGCCAUGAUUGUGACACGUGGCUCCCAGUGGAAGAACACCAUGUCAGCCACCGCCAAGGCCUCUCUCACAGCUAACCGCCAUGUCUGUGGCUCUAAUGACAUUGACCCCAGCAAGGCAAGGCUUAUCAUGGAUGACUCCUUCUCUGUUAGCCGGCAGGAGGGCAGCCAGCGUAUACCCCUGCAGGAGACCCGGCCCGUCAGCUGCUGGGAUGAGGCGGACUAUGAGAUCUGCGUAGCUCCCGUACUGGUGUGCACUGAGGUUUACCAAACGGCAGGCGGAGGGGACAACAUCUCAGCCGCUGGUCUCGUGCUGCAGAUCUAGAGAAAACCACUUUAUGGUCCGUCUGUGUGGAGUGCUAAUGAGAUGUUGGCAAACAAUAUGACUCUGGAAAUUUGAUCUAGGUGUGAUGCAAAGUAGCUGUUGUGGCAAACACAGGUACUGAUUGUGAAAUGUAUCAGGCUAAUGCUGUCACACUUGAAGUUCAUGGCCCAGAUAAGGAAAAUUGAUUGUUAUCAUUCGUGGGAGUCAGAUGAUGGUGUACAGUUGUUAUUAAUCAGGUCAGAAAAGCAGCUUUUAAAUGUAUAGAAUCAAUUUUUUUGAGGUAGAUGCAGGUAAAAGUCAAAGUCAAACAUUUCAGUUUUUCACCGUGUGUGUGUGUGUGUGUGUGUGUGUGUGUGGUCAUCACUGGAUUUCACCCCUGUUGCAUUAACAUUAUAAUAUACAUAUAAUAAUAUGUAUACACAAAGCCCCUUUACAUCCAGUUUAUUUGAUUGUUAGAGCCCAAACUUAAAUAGAGGCACUGCUGUGCUCUCUUCAAAUUUAAUUGAACACACCCAACAUCUUUGCCAAGUCAUUGUAGCCCAUCAUCUGACUCCUGUCCUGUACUACCCCACGGCCUUACAAGACCUAGCCUUCAGUCAGGGUAAGAUAAAGAGGGGUGAGGUUUGGAUAAAGUCAUAACAGGUUGUUUUUCCUCGAGGCACACCGGGGUGUCGGUGGCAUGAUGUUUUUGAAAUGUGGAAAUUUUGACAAAGCUGCAUUUUCUGCUGUAGGAUAAAUUAUCUUUGUUAUAUUUAUCUGUGGCUCCACUAUGCAACAAACGUGUACACAGAGUUAUGUAAUUUCUGUAAUACUUGAAUCUUCUCUUCUAGUAGUGUAAUUAGGUGAUGUCACUUACUUAAAAUCCCCAGUUUGAACCAGUUAACAGGGCUUUGACCGCCCAAGCCUCGCAGCAAAUGUAAUUUCUGAAGAGCCAACCCUUUUUAAUCAGAAAGCUCUGUCCUGCCUCUUCCCUCUUUUAUCUCAUUCCCAAAGGCAAAGAACGACAGUAGAAAGCUAGUGAGGUGAUCACCUCCUGUUCUUCCUAAUAUAUGUGAACAGUGUGGUUUGGGUGUGGCUGAUUUUGUUUUGAGAUUGUCAUUCCUCUGUGUGUCAGUUGCAGUGCAAUAAUGCAAAAACAUUGUUAAGAGACCACUGUUGGUAGCUGAAUAUGAUGUCAAAAAUAUCCUCUCUACCUCCAUCUUCUUUUUGUUUCUCCUUCUCUUUUAACCCUCUUCUCAUUGUUGUUUCUCUUCCAUGUUCCUCUGUCAAACCUUUUCUAUAAUCUGUCAUAUUUCUUCCUUGUUCCUUCCCUUUUCUUCUGUCUAUUUAUGGAACUUUUUAAGGACCAAAUAACCAGUGUGGACUGCCACUGAUAACAUAGCUGCACAGGAGAAGUUACUGGCAGCCAGUUCAUACAUUCUCACAUGGUAUGGCUGCAUACAGUGGAACACAAUCUCAUCUAUAGUUUUUCCAAGAAAGAAGGGGUUCACUACAUAAAAUUGUCAACCUGACAUUAAGCCACGCAGAAAAUUUAAUGUGUUUGUCUUCAUCUUACUUUUAGGAUUAGAAGCCAGAUAUAAUUCCUUUUCUUUAAGUGACUUCUAAAUGGCCAUCAACUCCCAUUUCACUCUUUUCAGGUUUGGAAUCAUGUAUUUGUGACUGGACUUACAUGGGACUGAUGUGAAGUUUACUAUGUUUCUCACUAUUUACGAAUCAGACAUUCCAUCACAAACCCAGCUUCAGUUCUCUUCUCCAUUCAGAAUGAAGAAUGUUUGAGAUAAACACCUCAACAUGCAAGUGGAUUAUUUUAUUUCUUGCAUACACAAUUUAAGUUGCUUGUCGAAGCCUCUUGUCACUGAGGGACACAUUUAUUCGUGUUACAAAUACAACAAGUAAGAGAAAAAGAGCCUAAAGGUAAAGAAAUCCCUUUAAAUCUUUUCUCUCUGUGUUAAGACUGUACUGAUUUGAUGCCGUUUGAUUAUGCUGAACAUAAAUGAGCCUUAUUCUGUUGUAACUUUUGGUGUUUAGUGAAAAGGGAAUGUUUAAUACAGACUUUUUCUCAUACUGUAGGCUUAUGUGUUAUUUUCUGAUGUGUUCGUCUUACACAGUUGUUGAAAACCAAAAGUAACGGGUCAUUGUUUUUACUGUGAAAUGAAACUUUAAAGCAGAACUUCAGCAUGUAUUCAUGUUCUGAUAGAGAACUGCUCGUGUUUGCUACCAUAUCAUAUUCUUAUCUAAGCUUCAGAUAAGUCAUGUCAUCCUUGUUCCAAAGCUGUGUUUAACUGUUUCAUGCAUGUAUAACUAUUCAAUGCAGAAUCACUUAAGAUAAAAAUGCUAUGCUGAUAAAACCAA